AGAUGCAAAUUAGAAUAAUUCAACUUGCAUUAGAUAUUUACAUUUCUGUAGGGCAGUUUUAAAUUCCGAAUAUCUUCAUGGCUUGCUCAGGGAUUCCGCCUUAGCCGAAAUAAAAUUGUCUGAUUUUAAAAUGACCUUUAAUAAAGAAUAUCAGUCACUUUUCAAAGCUAUAUUCUUUUUGCAUUCACUCCACCUCAUGUAUUACUUAAAUAAACUGAUUUUCUGAAGUGGGUAGGCUCGCUUGGAGUAGGAUGGCUAGCCAAGAGCUUCCUGCAAUAUCUGAUGAUAUUGAGAAGCGUGUGAGGAACCAGCGCGCUCUGGACCAAGCAUCCCUGAUUUUCCAAGAAGUUAUGUGCUUGUUUCUUGAAAACUCAAAUGUUUUGACUUUGAAAGACUGCAGUCGUAUUGUGAAAGAAACAAGUGAAGAAAAUCUAAAAAAUAAAUUUAAAAAUUAUUAUAAAGAAGAUAAAGCAAUAUUUGAAAAAGACUUGAUUCAGUUCCGGGAUCAUCAUGAUAUUCUUUUUGCUUGUGAUGUAUUAAGUUAUUUUUUCAUAGACGAAGAUGCGAGGAGUCCAUCCCUAUCUGCAUUGGAAAAGCUAAAGGAAUUACGAAAUUUGCACCAGCAUCCUAAAGGCCCUGGACCGGAACCCAUUGAGGUUUCCCUUGCCGUUAUCAAAUUCCUCAAGUAUGUGAGGAGAGACUUCAAGCAAGUUUUAUCACACGAGUCAAUGAGAAAGCUGAUAAAAUUGGACGAGGAAGAUGCCAAGAAUUUACUUCAUGCCGAGGAAUGCGUUUCAAUUUCUUCACUGGAAGAGGACUUGCUCAGCGAACAGUAUUCUUAUUCAUCCGCUCGGUUGUUAGUUCGAGCGAAGACAGUCAUUGACAUCUCAAGAAAUAUUCCAGGCACCGCAGUUAACCACAACAUAAAUGACCUGAGAACAGAUUUUAAAGUCUCCCUCAUGAAUUCCGUGAAAGAAGCAAUCUGUGAUGAAGCUCGACCGAGAAUCACUAUACUCGUUGGUGCCUCUGGUUUCGGCAAAUCUUACACGACUCAACAAAUUAUCCGUGAAUGGAUUGCUUAUAAGGGAGAAAAGAAUGUGAAUAGCGAUGAAAAACUACGAAAUUUAAUUUUUUUCAAUUUAAUUCUUUUUGUUAACUGCUCUGAGGUUCGGUCUUCUGUUUUUGAACAUUGGAAGAAUCGAUAUCCUCAUAUAAAGGGCCUUGAGAUGAGAACAAUCCAAGCUCUAAAGCUAUUGAUCAUCAUUGAUGAUUGUGACUGCAGUUUGUCCAAACACAGAGACAUUUUAGAAAGCAUCAUUGUUAUGUACAAGAAUGCACGUCUUUUGAUUACCAACAACAACAAAUAUGUCGAUAGCCUUUGCCGUGUCAUCUCAUGCACUUCACGUGAGAGCACCGAAUCUAUCAUCAUUCCAGGCCUGACUCUUGGAGAAGUGACAAGCUUGGCAGAAGAAAAUCUCUGUUUUCUUACUGGAAAUGAGACCGAGUUUAGACAAUGCCAAUCCGAGUUCGAUCGAGUUUCAUGGAAAUCAAUCUUGAAGUCUCCUCUUGAAAUUGUCUUAACUUGCAUCAUCUGCGUCUGUGCUGUACAAAAAUCCUUGCCCAUACCCUCAAUAACCACGCGUACCAGCCUUGUGUCACAAUUCUUUACCUUCUGCCCUUUCGCAUCAUCGGAAAAUUGGCGUCGAGUUGCUCAAAAUUUGGGGGAAGUCGCUUUCCUGGCAGCAUUUGAGACCAUUCCUAUGCGCCCACUUCGUCUGAAAACACUGGAUGAUUAUGCAGAUGAAACACAUUAUUACAUGCGUAUUGAUAAAGAGUUAAUCCAAGACAAUGAGGUGUCAGAUAACAAACUAGCUGUUUGGAUCACGCACGAAUGUUUCCUGUGGCGUUUUACUGCUGAAUUUAUUGCGGAGAACUGUCGUAAUGGAAACUCAGAAGUUCUUGAAAGAAUUGAGCGGAAAAUUACUGAAUCCUUUUUCUUCUGCCGUAGAUUCAAAGAUACAUUGCUUCCUCUUAUUAAUUCCCUCAUGGAGAAAAAUAUUUUGGUAGAGUAUUCGAAUCAGGUGGGUGAAAUUGCCAAGAUUAUUUGCGAUGAGUGUGAGAGCGAACCAUUAGAAUUUUGGGGAUCGUUCGUCAAGGAAGCCGGACUUUCGGUCCCAAUUGAGCUGAAGGCCUUGGUCCAGAAUUGCAUAGCAGAAACAUCUAGCGAACUGCAGGUAGACGAAGACAACUACGAUGCUUUCUUUCACUGCUUGAAGUGUCUCACGUAUCUUCCUCGAAAAAUCGUUAUUGACUUGCUGAAAAGUCGAGAAAGUUGUCAUGUUCUUGAGGCAGUGAUGGAGCGGCUGCGACGCGAGCCCUUUCCAGACUUUCAGGACCAGCACAUCGAACUGUCUCUGCGUUGUCCUUACAAGCUUCCCUGCCCCCUCAUUUCCUUCCCUCCCUGGAUGCAGCUCACGAAAUUCCAAGGAUCUUUACGCAAUGAAGCUAUUUCUGCGCUCGCGCAAUUACCUCAGUUAACUUCAAUAGAGUUGAAAAUUGAAAAUUCGUCGACACUUGAAACGUUUGUAGAGAGCGUAAAGAGAAAAAUUUCUCCAAAUGUAUGCGACAUUACGUUGCUGUUGGAUGCUACAAUCGAUUAUGAUCUUGAGAUGCCAAACUAUCUGCCCCAAUUCCAUCAGCUUCGACUUCAGUGGUCAAACGCCACGAAGGAGAAUCUUUUGAGUAGAGCAAUACGCACUACAAACCAAGUCCUUCCUGAGAAUUACUUCGGCGCCACUAUAAGUCUUAAAAUUGUAGGACUGAAGGCUUCAGCCUGCAUGCAGUACCUGAUGAAACUGACGCGUCUUGAUGGAGGCUGUGUAGAGGUGUGGACUGAUGCUCAUCUCACUCCUGAAGAGGAGGAAGCAGUUCGAAUAAAGUCUUAUCAAGGAAGUGAUGAUGGUUUGUACGCUAAGCCUCCAUUCCACAUCAUGUGGAGGUGCUAGUGAUGGCUGACGCCAAUGAUGGCUCUUUGAACUACCACGAUGCCCCGCGUCCGCAUCCCGAUGCCCGCCCGCGUCCGACCUAGAGAAGCGAGAGCCUGGUCGAGUAAAAAAAAACUCUGAAAGCCUGCCAUCGUUGAACGACCUGGUUUAUUUUGUUGACUUACGUUGAUGCUUUUGAUAUCUGCUUGACGCACACCGCAAGAUGCGAGUGCGGCUGAGCAACGUUCAUUUCAUUUUCAUUGACUCACUUUUCCAUGACUGACGUUGAUACAUAUUUUUGUAUGAAGUCAUUUGCUAUUCUUCUAUAUUAAUCGAUGCAUUCAUAUAUAUCGUGUUUUAGGGGCCUUUCUUAAUAGAUAAUACGUGUCGUUCUGACUGACUCAUUUAUUUGAGUGCGUGAUUCAUCUCUAUUCGUGGAGCUAUUUCCCCACGAGACUCCUUCGCUUAUUCGUAAGGGAAUAGCGCUCGCCUAUGUGGACUUAUCCUCAGGCAUAUCAUCCCUGCCAUAACUCCAAUAUAUAUUACAUCUAUUUUAUCAUAUGUUAUGAAUAAUGAUUUUCAUAUACUCGUUUCAUAAGCUGAAUAUAUCCUUUUACCAACUGCUAUGCCCCAGAAUAAAUAAAUGAUCAUGUUGAAUGUAAAAACCUGCCACGCCAUUAAAGGUUAUGAUGACGCUAAUUAAUAUAAUUUGUAUGCAUGUAUGUAAAAUUUUUCCGAGUAUGUUUGAAGCCUUGCUCUGUAAAUAUACAAGGGCUUUUCAGUCUGUUAUGAACGCUAUAUAUACCUGGUCGGGAAAUUACCUGGCAAUAAAAUCAUAUUUCGUAGCAAUACUAUCAGAAAACAUUUUUCUCAAGGGGAGAGGGUGCUAAGAUUAGAUUUUGAUAUUAGGCUAGAAAAUUAAAAUGUGAUUUUUACAUUGAUAAGUGUAAAGUUUCUAAAAAUUAAAGUUAUCAUUUGUCCUGUUAUAGAAAUUUUCGUGACUGACUUUAUUGGUAGUUUCGUAUUUAUUGUGGAUUUUUCGGUGAUUAGCAUAUUUUAAUUUCAAAAUAUUAACUGAAUUGAAACAACGGGACUCUAAGUUGCGUAGAUAACACAUCCUCGGCUACGCCAUGAUAAUAUGUUUCUAUCAAAAUUAAUUUGGUUGAUUUAAUAACUAUUUUCCUAAGAGAUACUGGCAAUAUUGAAACAGAAACUUGGUGCCGAAAUAUUCUUUUUUUUUCUUCGAUUAACCACGACAUAUUUAGCUGCAAAUGAACGGACAAGGAGCAGAUUUUUUUUGCUUAAUGAAUGUAGGCCUCGUGUGCCUAAUAUGUAAUCACUGAAAUGUCUUGCCGUUGAUCACAGCGCAACGUAAUUUCAAUCAAAUUUGGCACGCUCACAUAAACGAGAGAAUUUGUACAAAUAGUGAUGCACCUUUAGCCCUUGUGUGUGUCAUCUCGACCCACCCUGGCCAGGCUAAAACGGCGUGCUAAGCCCGCUGUCUGCUCGUACGGUGGGUAAGGAAGUGUUAGUAUUUGGACAACAUGACCCAUGAAGUUGCCGAACGCAGAUUUUUCACAACUUUUAAAUAGUGUGAAAACAACUUUCCUGCAUAAUCCUAUGUGUUUUUGUGUUGAAUUGAUUGAAUAAAUGAGUUUUAGUCAUAUUUCUCAGCUGUAAUGGCAAAAAUUGUAAGAAAUUAUCGCAUAAAACUAAUUUCGCCAC